ACACACACACACACACACACACACAAACACACAUAUUGUGGAGCCUUUUGGAUACAAGUGCUUCACAGGAGACAAUGAGAGGCUACCUGCUGACUGCCAUCUUUCUGCUGCCCUUGGUGGCCUCAGAGUCCGAGCACUGUAUAAUCAAGCGUGAGCAUGAGAUAUGCAUGGAGAGGAUCAUGCUGCACAACCCCAGCGAUGACCUUGAAUUAGUGUGUCCGUGGCUGUGGGAUAACCUGACCUGCUGGCAGGCCGCCAAUGUUGGUGAAGUUGUGGUAGUCAACUGUCCAGAGCUCUUUCAUGACUUUAUGGGCCCUGACGAUGAGAUGGGGAAGGUCAGUCGUAACUGUACGGAGGAUGGCUGGUCUGAACCGUUCCCUCAUUAUAUGGACGUCUGCUUAUUCUAUGACAAUACCACUAAACAGGACAUGUACUAUGCCUCAGUCAAGGCUCUGUACACAGUUGGCUACAGCACAUCGCUGGUAUCCCUGACUUCAGCCAUGGUCAUUCUCUGCAGAUUCAGGAAGCUCCACUGCACCAGGAACUUCAUUCACAUGAACCUGUUUGUGUCUUUCAUCCUGAGAGCCAUCUCAGUCUUCAUCAAAGAUGGCGUGCUGUAUGCUCAGGAGGACAGCGACCACUGCUUCGUACACACAGUGGCAUGUAAAGCUGUGAUGGUUUUCUUCCAUUACUGCGUCAUGUCCAACUAUUUCUGGCUCUUCAUUGAAGGUCUGUAUCUCUUCACUCUGCUGGUGGAGACAUUCUUUCCUGAGAGACGCUACUUCUACUGGUACACUAUUGUAGGAUGGGGAACUCCCACCAUUUGCGUCACUGUCUGGGCGGUUCUGAGGCUCCACUUUCAUGACACUGGAUGCUGGGAUACAAAUGAGAACACUGCCCUCUGGUGGGUGAUCAAAGGACCAGUUGUGGCUUCCAUUAUGAUCAAUUUUGUCCUCUUCAUUGGAAUAAUCAUCAUCCUGGUCCAGAAGCUGCAGUCCCCUGAUAUCGGAGGCAACGAAUCAAGCAUUUACCUGCGUCUGGCACGUUCCACCCUCCUGCUCAUCCCCCUGUUUGGUAUUCACUACACUGUGUUUGCCUUCUCACCUGAAGAUGUCAGCAAGAGGGAGAGACUGGUCUUUGAACUGGGACUGGGAUCCUUCCAGGGCUUUGUUGUAGCUGUGCUCUACUGUUUCCUCAAUGGAGAGGUGCAGUCAGAGAUCAAGAGGAAAUGGCGCAGCUGGACGGUGAACCGGUACUUUGCUGUGGACCUGAAGCAGCAAAGGCACCCUUCGUUGGCGAGCAGUGGAGUGAACGGCGGGACUCAGCUGUCGAUCCUCAGCAAGAGCAGCUCCCAGAUACGCAUGUCCAGCCCACUGGCGGAGAACGCCAACAUCAGCCUCCCCACCUGAGCAUCUGAUUGGCAGGAGUCAACUUCAAGGUGCCAUUCCACUUACGUACAUCCAGACCAACCAGAACAGACCAAAGUGGCCCCUCACACCUCUUAUAUUUUGUAGUUUGGCCUUUAGAUAAUGAAAUAUUUCUGAAAGAGAUUCAUUGGAGGUGCAAAGCCGGCUUUCAUACUUUCUCAUUUAAUUUGAAUAUACAAUAUAAUUGAAUUUAUCUGAGCAUUUUAGUUGACUCUGUGGAUUGCGAUUGUUUAUGAUUAAUGAUGCACUUAAUAUUUUUACUGAUAACUCUAAUUACACUCCAUUAAUUAAAACAUGAGCGAGACAAUAGAAAUUCCCUUCCUACCAAUGGUUUUAUUCAAAGUGUAGCCCCUGUUGUUGUUUAAUUUAUUUAGUUGGUGCCAAAAAUAGUAAUAGUUGUAAAAACAAAACAAUAGUUAAACUGUAGGGGGUCAUAUCUGGCUGUUGGUGUGUAAAGUAAAUGUGCUUCAAAGUGCCGUAUAGGUUGCCUGACUGGAUCUGAUCUUAUAACAGUCCAAAGUUUAAUAUCAACCAAAUGUUCGCCUUGCUUGUAGAAAUGCUCAUUGUUUAAAUGUUUCAUCUUAAAUUUAAACAUUUUUCUACAAUCAGCCGUAAGUACAGAGUAUGUCAAAAGAUAUAUAUAUAUAAUUUAAAAAAACUCAUGGACUUUGUAAAUAGUUACUUUUGGUGUCUAGAUCGGAAUUUCUUUUGCUUAAUGCAGUAUUGUAAUGACCUUUUCAAACAAAAGGAACUGGAGCCCAAAUCUGUAGACUUCAUCACGUAUCCUGAGGACCCAGAAGAUCCUACCCACUAUAUUCUGAACUAUUUGUUUGUAUUAAAUAAAAACACACACAAUAUCUAUAUAUAAGAACAUAGUGCCAAAAUGAAUGAGCAGUGGUUCCCAACCUGAAGGUGACAAGAUGAAUCUGAGGGGCCGUGAGAUGUACCAUGAUGAUGGUACAACAAGUUUGCAAAGAGGAACAAUAUAUUUCUGCUUCAUUAAAUUAUGUUUAUUUUCAGGACAUUUAUUUAAGCUUUUUCUCUUGUAAAUGACCAGAUAGUUACACGUCUUUAAGCUUCUAAAAACAUUUAAAUUAAACCAUCUGAGAAUGUAAAAUCACUCUUUGGUCGAAGUGCUUACCUUUGACUUUGGAUUGUUUUAAAGAAUGAAAAGACCAAAAAGGUUAGGAACCACUGCUGUAGAGGACAGCACAGUAGCCUACACGAGGGAAUAAAAAAUUUAAUAAAAAAUCAAAUAAAUAAACUAAAAAUCCACAUUCUGAACUGAUCCUCACAGUUAGUGUCAGUGUUGAGCCUUCAGCUGCACUACAAUAGUUUGCUCCAGUUGGCUUUUCCCUUUCAUAGACAGGUUCUUUGCAGACUUUAAACAUAAACAGUACAUGUGCCAUUUAGUGGAUGCUUUUAUCCAAAGCUCCUCAUAGUGCCAUAAGUUUAUAUGUACAGCAUUUUAUUUUAGGCAUUGAAAAUCAAACCCUCAACAUACACUUAAGGAUAAAGAUGUUCUCUUUUUUCUGAGCCUCAAACCAUCAUGCCAUAUUAAAUUGCUCUUCAUUUAUUUAUUCUUUAAGUAAUCAUCUCCUACACUCAUAUUCCAAAGUGCCUAGUCAGUCACAAAUAGCUAUCGUUUUUAUUUACAGUGCAAUGAACAGAUAUCUUAAAGGUGUAGAAAGAGUAAUUUCCUGCAAAGAAUGUACAGAGUGGUGUGUUUUAUUGUGGAUCACUUUUUCAAAGUUAUGCUUCUUCAUAGAUAAAUAUUUUACCUAUUUGUUGGUGAAAUUCUUCUUUUUCUCUUUUUUAAAUUACUUAGACAUUAGGUGAAAUGAGUCCUGCUGUGUUUUUUUCUUUUGAAUCAUGAUGAUUUUUUUACAAGACUGGAGUUACAGCUCUACAUAAUCACUGCUCUAUUUAGCCUCCUGGUUACAGCUAUCAUCUAUUCAAGAUAAGUCCAUUUCAUUUCAGCGCCAACGUCAAACACAUAGAAGGCUUCAAAAUAGAAACAGUACAUGUUAUUACAGUCAACACAAAAUGCUUUAAUGUAACAGCUCUUGACAAUCGCGGAGUGUUGCCCAUUUUCUCUUUCUGUCAUUUUGUUUGUGCACAAACAAGCUAACAAACAAUAACUGUCCUGGUGGGGAAAUCAUUUAAAGAGACGAAAUGUGAAAUGAUUUGUACAGGAGGAUUUAUCCACAAUAUUUACUCAAGAUAUUUAUUUUUUGUAUUGUCAUCUGAGAGCAUUAAAAGAAUGUAGAAUCUUUCAAAUGGAUGAUGUUGUUGAACAGAUAAGGAUGUAUAUUUAUUUUCCAUAAACCACUGACAUGUGAAAUGACUCAAUGUACAGUAUACAUGCUUUCUUAUAUGUCAGAUGUAUGAUUUCAUUACACUGACUGAUGUUGACUUUCUUGGUCAAAGUGCCAUAAAUGUAGUGCCAUAACUGGGCACAGUGGGAGCUGUGUGACACAAUGUCUAAUUUCUGAUUUGAAAUGAAAACAAAAACAUUCAGUGGAAAUUGCUGUCCAAAGCUGCAGAGGAUAUUGCAAGUGAUAAAACACAGAUAUAACCUCUAAAAAAAAAGCUAAAUAAAACACACACUACUGAAGAGAUGCAUCUGUUUUAAUGCAUCUGCUUUGCUGUUUUGGGACAAAACGCUGUGUGACUGUGAAACAGGUCUCACUAUAAUCAGAGAUAGGCUAGAAAAGUAUUUAUUUUGAAUUAGGGGUUACAGUUCAGAAGGUGGAACAACUGCGACAGAUAAAACACAAAGUGUGUACAAGGGUGUGAUAAAAAUCACACUGCUGCUGCUUACGUGUUCUAUCACCAGCCGUCACUCUGAGUCUGAAUCGGCUCAGAUGGAAACGACCAUGUCUCAAAGCUGUUACUGUCUGAAAAGAAGAGUAGAAAACUCCUUACUUGACCGUGUCUGUGCUGUAUAUUUAUCUACCACAAGGUGGCGACCAAGUGUUAGAAUUGUAGUUUGAUAGUUUAGUAGGGAAGGGGACAUCUGACUUGCAUCGGUUUUGCUUUUUGAGCCUUCUACUUUGGAUUUUGGAUGAAACGGGGGUUGGGGUGGGGCAUUUAGGGACUCUUACGCCACAUGCUUAACAUUGUUCACAUCUACUUUUUGUAUUUUUUCUUUACACAAAUCAGCAAACAAGCCUUCAAACGAGAUUUUUCUAAAUGAGGCCUGAUUUGCAAUUUUGAAAUAGUUUGAAGUUGGUUAUUUUGUUUUUGUAUUUCCCCCUCUCAAUCCCAAAAAUGUCCUCACUGCUUACUUUAGUUUCAAAACCAACUGUGAACUGUUUGAAUUUCAAAACAUUUACUGAGAUGGGAGGACAUUUGCACUUUUGAGUGCUAAAACAAAAUCAGGCAGUGUAACUUUGAGCUUAAUUUGAUCUAAAGCUGACCACACCUUUCUUCUCACACACACUCUUCUUACAGUGAAUUUAGCAUUACAGUAACACACUAAUCUUUAUAUAUGUGUCAAAGCCCGACAUGUUUUCUUAAAGCAAUAGUCUGACAUUUUGGGAAAUAUGCUUAUUCGCUUUUCUGCUGAGAGUUGCAUAGAAGACGGAUAGUACUUUCGUCUGUGGGAUAUGCUAAAUAUGAAGCUACAGCCAGUAGCCGUUUAGUUUAGCUUAGCACAAAGACUGGAAGCAGGGGGAAACAGCUGGCCUGGCUCUGUCGAAGGAAUCACGGCUGAAGCAAUGUGUCAUUUUUACACUUCGGUUAUUGUACAGAUUAAUUUGUCAAUUAGUGAGCUGCUAAUAUCUACUAGCUGGAGAUAAACAGUUGUUUUCCCCCAGCUAGUAGAUAAAACCGCUAGCUGUUACAUAUUAGCUAAUAUUACAUCUACUAGCUACUUGUUUCCCUCAUUUUCCAGUCUUUGCGGUAUCAAUCUUCUCACCUAACUCUCAAGAAAGCAAAUACCCUACUUUGUUUAGCUUAUUUCCUAAAAUGUCCUAAAACUAUUCCUUUAACUGUAACUAUUCUGAAUGUGGCGUAUCUCUGUAUUUAGAUGCCUUUUCUUUGACAGUUGUGCGUGUUGAGCCAGUUUUAUCAGAUGUUGAGUGUAUGUGUGUGAGUUCUAUUGAUUGCCAAUAAAUUUUUGAAUGUACCGAUGUUGCUCAGCUGCUCUUAAAUGUCGCCUGCUAUCAAUUUGCCAUGGUGUACAAAUGAUGUCUUUUCUUGAUCAUGUAUACAGUAAAAUGUAUAUGGAUAUUUUUGGCACACAGGUGGACCCCUUGAUGAAGACCUGUAAUGUCUGUGACCGUGUUUUUGUAUGUUUAUGUAGCUGUCUUCAGAGUGUGUGUAUGUGUGUGUGUGUAUGUUUGAAAGUUGAAGAGAGUGUAGUCUGUAUGCAUGUGUAUGUAAUGCCAAGCAUUCAUGAGGAUAUAAGUAACUUAAAUGUCAAAAGAAUAUCUAUAAAGCCCAUAUUAUGUUCUACUUGUGACAGUGUUUUAUGUAUGCGUUCUGGUGUCAAACAUUCAUGUCCCAGGUUGUGUAAAUUUGACUGCAAAAUAAAUCUA